AUGAUCCAUAGCAAAAGUAAGAAGGAGUUUGACUGGGCACUGAAUAAGUUCAACGCUGUAUCUGCUGGUUCCGAAGUAGAAAACGGCAAUGUGAAAGCGCCAGUCUCGGCAUAUUUUCAUGACAGGUGGAUUACAUGCCAAGAGAAGUGGGCAGAUUAUCUUACUCAGAAGAUAAUGCAUUUUGGAUGCACAACAUCUCAAAGAGUGAAAAGUGCCCAUCAAGCCUUAAAGAGAGGUAUAUCUGCAAUAGCUUCUCUGGAUCUCGCCUUUGAAAAUAUUUCAAGAUAUAUUGAGAGGCUUGAGAGAGACUUCCGGAAUGUGGAGAUCAGGGAAUCUACCACGGUUGACCCUCUUGUUGGACGAAACAAGCUUUUGUCUAGACUGCUCAUGAAGGUCUCAAAGCGAGCUUUACUGGUAAUAGACCAAGAGGUUCGACUGAAAUGUGAAAGCAGUAUUGUUUGUGAAUUCAUGAACAAGCUCCAGUAUGGUCUACCUUGUCGCCAUUCUUUGCCUGCUGGAAGAGAUAUCUAUAUUUCUGAUAUCCCUGAAAGGUGGGUUAUUGACCCUCGUAAUGUAAAGCCAAGGGACAACACUUGUCAGGGAAACUUCCAGCUUGAGGAAAGACCAGAGGUGUGGAUGGAGGAAGUAAUUAAACUCGAGGCACUGUUUUGGUCCUGUGAGAGCAGCCAGCAAGUGGCUAACCUCCUGAAUAAGAUCAAUAAGGUCACUUCUGAAUUCGAAGGCAAAACUGGGCACCCUUUGAUUAACUUUCAAGCCCCAAAAAAAAUUAAAUAUCCUGGCAGAAGAAAGGGUGGUGCACAUCCCAAAUACCUUCCCAAAGACUUUGGUCAGGCAAACUGGAGGAAGAUCAGUGUUUCGUCUGGUCAUGCUGGCCUUAAGGCAAUGGUUAGACUGAGAGCUAAAAUGAGGGAGGGAAAGCCUGCAGCUACACAAAAAACAAAAAACAAAAAACAAAACAAAAACAAACAAGAGCCUCUCGACCCAGUUGAUGCUACCAAAAACAAAAUAAAACAAAUAAAGCAAGAGCCUCUUGACCCUGGAUGUCGUCUUACACGAAUAUGCUUUUUAGUCGAUGCCACCAAAAAUAAAACAACAAAAAUAAAACAAGAGCCUCUCGACCCAGUCGAUGCCCUCCAAAAAAAUGGGUUCAAAAGACCUGCCACCACCCUAGAAGAUUACCAGUAUGAUAAUUGCAUUUCUGUUGGCAAGAGGGUCAAAUUCCAGCCCAGUUUUCCUGUCUCUCAUGAGAUAGUCAAUGAUGUCAAGGGUGGGUUUAGCCCUACUGCUGACGGGUGGUGUGGUUUUCGGGUCCUUUCCCACUUGAUCUAUAAAGAUCAAAAUAAGUUUUCACUUGUAAAAAGGGAUAUGCUAGCCGCCCUGCCGAAAUACAAAACAUUGUACACAAAUACCUUUGGCACUGACACAAGCCAACUAGGAAAAAUCAUUCAAUAUGUCUCUCAACUCGAUUAUAGCAACACCAACACCAACACAAACUUCAUCCCAGUAUGUUCAGAUGCCAGUAUGUGGUUUAACACACCUGACUGUGCUCAACUAGCUGCGGACACAUAUAUACGACCAGUCUGCGUCUACUCAGACAACCCCAACACCCCCUCAACAACCUUUCUCCCAUUUGCCCUUCCCAACAACAAAACCAAACAACAACAACCUCUGAUUUUUAAUUAUGUUAACAGUAAUCACUGGACAACAGUUGACCUUUCCCCUAGACAAUCUUUUUUAAAUCUUUAUAAAUCUUAUCAAUUUGUUUCUUUGUGUCAACAUAAGCUAUCUAUCACUUGUGGGUUAAAUGACUCUCUGCUCUGUUUUUUUCUAGAGAUCAUUCGUGGGAAGUACUUUACCCUUCGAGUUACACUUAUAACCAGCGAAUUAAAAAUCAUAAAUAUCGGAUGGUGUUACACAGACCGAGCCAAACUAUCUUCGAAUAUGUUAUAUUAUGCAUUUGCAUCUAGUUAUUUCAUCAAUUCAAGUCUUGGCUCUCUAUAA